GAUCGAUUAAAAUUAUAUUUAUAAUUAUUUUCGUCUUCGAACUAUACACACUCAUUUUACUUUCUAUAUCGUCGAACGUGCUAAUAAAGAACCUGCUGAAUUAAUGGAGACAAUUUGACGCGGCCUUAUGCUCCUCAAGAAGCUGGAACAACUAAAAUAAAUAUUACUAUACACACUAACCGAAGUAAUUUAUCCUGUUUUAUGGUAUUCCAAGACCUGAGAUCCCUCUGAUAUCCUCUACUACUAGCAGCCUUUACUAUAUAUGAUCUCAAUGUUCUGGGUAGCUUAUGGAGAUUGUCCUCUCGAUCGAACCAGAGCAGUCGUGUCCGCUUUUUCGUUUCACUCUGUCCUAUAAGACUCUGUUGUUUGAGAAAAUGUUUUUACUUCGAUGGAGACCUGGUCACUUCCUGUGCUUCCAAAAGGGGGGUUAGUUUCUGCAGCGAUACAAACGUAAAAAACUGAAAACCGCUAAUAUAAUAUGUUUGUUAAAACAUAACACAUACUGAAAGAGUGGCUGAAGGGUAUGACAAAUAUCUGCCACUCCUCUAAUGGCGCGAAAAUUACGCAUAGUGUGCGCGCCAUUGACGUUCCUUACUUUUCGCUUCAUUUUACACGCUUCCAUUGCAUUGUUAAUAAUAUUUAUUUUUUACUUUUGUUAUUAACAAUUCCAAUAAAAGGCAAAGGUAAACACUAAUACCCUAGAGCACAAUUUAGCUAUUCACAUAUAUUUAUAUAUUUACUAUGUUGUUUUUAUAUUACUAUGUAUUGUACGUGUUUGUGUGCAUAUGAAAUCAAGUUUUUACCGCAACCGCAGCGAUACUUUGCUCAGCGCAUUUACUCGAGUACCGCGAACCAAUGAUUUAUGGCAACACUCGCAAGCAUCGCUUGGCUCGCUAAGUAUCCACUCAUCGUGCUCAUUCGCUCAGCCAACUUAGUCAAUCUGUGAGCCAAGCGGCAGGCGAACAAUCAACCCAGCGAUUAGUCAGCCAGUCAGUCUGUCCGCGGCAUUGCGCUUUUCUAGUCAAUCGUCAUUUCAGCAGUGCGCGCUAAACAUCGAGCGUUUUGAAGAAUUGGAAUUAUUCGAGCACGUAAACAUGAAGCACUUUUCCACAUUUGUCGCGCUUUUCCUCAGCUGCGUGGUAUUCCAUUACCAUUGCUUGGCUCAGCCGGUGGAGCGUGCUGCGGCGGCGGGUAUUAUGAUCGACGCGGCGCCUUCGGUGGUCUCCUAUCAGGGUUCUUCGCAAACGCAUGCGCAUCUCGUAUUGGCGCCCAUGGGACGUUCGUUGGGCUAUGUGGAACCGUUGGAUGUGAAUCGCACGUUGGCGCGAAACGAACGUUUGGACGAGCGGCACGAGGUGCUGGAUAUAAGUCCCGUCUAUGUGCCUGAGUGAAGGGCGCGUGCGCUGUAUGUGGGUUGGAAUAUAUGAGUAAUGCGAACUGAUGCACUACCUAUAUCUAAAUGUAUUUAACUGUGCGCUUGUGCAAUAUUUAUGAGCUGAGUUGUUCGCGAAAAUCCAGCGAUUAACAAUACCUUGCUAUUUUUCCUAUUAUUGGUAGAUAGUUGUAUGUAUGAUAGAGUAUUAGUGAAUGUGGUUUGUUUUCGUAGUUAGUAGAAGCAAGUUUACGAAACCAUUAUUAUUGAAUUUAUUUAAGCAGUAAAAAUGUGUGAAUAUCUGAAAUAAAGUUUUUUUAAGCCUAAA